AUGAAUGGCACAAACGGUGCGAGCAGCGGCUCUUCGGGCCCCAAUCGCUUCCUCAUCUGGGGCGGCGAGGGCUGGGUAGCCGGCCACCUCAAGAGUCUUCUUGAGGCCGCUGGGAAGGAGGUUCACACAACCACUGUUCGCAUGGAGAACCGCGAGGGCGUCCUCGCCGAGCUCGACCGGAUCAGACCAACCCACGUACUCAACGCUGCAGGUUGCACAGGCCGGCCCAAUGUCGACUGGUGCGAGGACAACAAGGAGGCCACGAUGCGAUCCAAUGUCAUCGGCACCCUCAACCUUGCCGACGCCUGUUUCCUCAAGGGCAUCCACUGUACCGUCUUUGCGACUGGCUGCAUCUACCAGUAUGAUGACGCUCAUCCUAUUGGCGGGCCCGGCUACCUCGAGACGGAUGCCGCCAAUUUCAAGGGCAGCUUUUACUCCGACACCAAGGGCCAUGUCGAGGAGAUCUUGAAACACUACACCAACUGCCUCAUCCUGCGUCUGCGCAUGCCCGUCAGCGACGACUUGCACUCGCGCAACUUUGUCACCAAGAUCAGCAAGUAUGAUCGGGUCGUGGAUAUUCCCAACAGCAACACGAUCCUCUACGAUCUCUUGCCGGCCUCGAUCCUCAUGGCGGAGCACAAGGACACGGGCGUUUUCAACUUUACCAACCCAGGCGCCAUCUCCCACAACGAGGUACUCAGCCUGUUCAAGGAGAUUGUGCGGCCUGAUUUUACCUGGAAGAACUUCUCGCUCGAGGAACAAGCCAAGGUUAUCAAGGCCGGGCGCAGUAACUGCAAGCUCGACACGACCAAGCUCGUCAGCAAGCUGAAGGAGUACGGGUACGAGGUGCCCGAGGUGCACGAUGCGUAUAGGAACUGUUUCCAGCGGAUGAAGGCUGCUGGUGUUAAUUGA